AUGUCCCGUCUGGAAAGACUAGUGGUACUUCUGGAAACAGGGUCCACUCAAUUUAUUCGAAAUACAGCGGCCGAGCAGCUCAGCGAUUUGGCUAAACAACAUCCUGAAGAGACUCAAAAUUUGCUGUCAAGAGUAUAUCCAUUCUUGAAAAGCAAAAAAUGGGAGACUCGUGUGGCUGCAUCGCGUGCAUUCGGAGGAAUAGUUUCCCAUGCCCCUGUCUGGGACCCCAAUGCUGACGGUGAGGUCAAGGAAGAAGAAGAGUACCAAACCAUCAAGAAGGAGGAAGAAAGGGAUCUCCAAGAGAUGGUGGAGACCACGGAGAAUUGUUUCCUGUCCUUUGAUGAGUGGAACUUGGCAGACAUUCUUCAAAGUGGACGCGUUCUCUUGGCUACUUCAGGAGCAGAGUUUUUCAACAACAGUUCUGAACCUGCAUCGAAAAAAAUAAAGACUGAGUUCACCUCGAAACUAGGCAUAGACGAAAUCAGCGAAGAUUCGACGCCGAAAGAACAAACUCCAGAAUUUCCUAAAAAAGAAGAGCCAGAAGCAGUCGAACAGACGACUCCUUCAAAACCACAACAAUCGGCUAGAAUGAGAGCGAUGGCUAAAAGGAAGGCAAAGUACGCGAAGUCCGGACCUGCAAAAAGCGCACCGGUGGAUUUGUCACAAAGCAGUAUCAGUCGAAGACUCGCCAAGGAUGGUGCCAUUGCAGACGAGUCUGAUGAAAGCAAUGGAUCAGCUACUCCAAAUGUCAAUAUCACUUCUCAAUCUAACGGAACAAAACUAGUGGUGGAGCAAAAGGUGCCUGACAUCUCUCCAAUUCUUCAAUUGCAUUCUAAGGUGGCCCACUUAGUGUGGCAGUUUCAAGGAGUUUACGAGCUAUUGAUUAAAGACUUAUUCAAUGACACCUGGGAAAUCAGACACGGUGCUGCUAUGGGACUUCGUGAGCUCGUGAAGUAUCAAGCUACUGGUGCGGGUCGUAUCAAAGGACGUUCCAAAGAGGAAAAUGAUCACUUAAAUAAACGCACGCUAGAGGAUUUAUGUGUGAGAUUGAUCACUUUGUUCGCUAUGGAUAGAUUUGGAGACUAUGUUUCCGAUACCGUGAUUGCUCCAGUGAGAGAAAACGCUGGUCAGACUUUAGCCGCGUUGCUAUUACAUCUUCCAGAAGAAUUGGUUUUAAAGACAUUCGGAGCACUAGUGCAACUCAUCAAACAGGAUAUUUCUCCAUCGGAGUACAAAAUGACGUGUUGGGAAGCUAGGCAUGGUGGCAUGCUUGGUUUGCGAUACUUUGUGAGUAUCAGAACAGACUUGCUUUUCAGUCAUAUAGAGCUGUUGGACGCCACUAUAGAUAUGGUGCUGUUUUGCCUCAAUAACAGUGCCGAUGAUGAUGUCCAGAGCGUUGCUGCAUCGACAUUGAUUCCUAUUGCCUCGGAGUUUGUCAAACUAAAACUUGAUAUGGUUUUUGAGAUUGUCAAUGUCAUUUGGCGUGGACUUACUGAUCUUAAGGAUGAUCUUUCUGCCUCGAUCGGAUCAGUGAUGGAUUUGUUGGCCAAACUUUGUUCUCAUAAAGAAGUUUUGGAUAAAAUGAAAGAAUACGCAGAGGACAAUGAUGAUUUCAGUUUCAAGAAUUUGAUUCCCCGACUAUUUCCUUUUCUGAGACACUCGAUCACUAAUGUGCGGAAAUCUGUUUUGAAGACUUUGCUCGCUUUCCUUGAAAUUAAAGAUGAUUCUGUUAAGAAUUGGAUUGACGGUAAGGCCUGCAGGCUGAUUUUCCAGAACCUUUUGGUGGAGCAAAACGAAGAUGUUUUAGAACUGUCCAAAACAGUGUAUCGGACAAUGAUCAAACAGAUCACCACUGGGAAUAUUGGAUCUCUUGACGACAUUUUCGCGGACCAUAUUGAACCAAUUCUAAUGCUUUUGAUGACGCCAAUAGGAGUUGCAAGAUUCAAUUAUUCUAUGAAUCCUAAUUACAUUCUCCGUCCAAGUGGACAAACUUUGAGUGUCAACGACAUUCCUUUAACGGGUUUCAAUGUUGAAGAAAUUAAACCAAAGUACAAGAAGAGAAAGAUGUCCGAAGAUCAACACUCUAACUUUUCCAAGCUCAAACAAGGCGAUGCAGGCAUCCCUGAAACCGAAUAUGACCAUGCUGUGAACAUUGACGCGCCAAUGAUCAACGGGGAUUUAACUUUGGUUGGCUUUGAGGUCAUUAUCAGGACGAGACUCGCUGCUGCUGCUGCUCUCGGACGUACGCUUGCUUGUUACGAUUCCGUCCAAAAUCUGGAGUCGAUAUUCAAUAAGCUUGAGCAGUUUUUCGGGGACGCUCAUUCGACUCCACGCCUUUUCGCAUGUGUUGUUUUAGAAGAGUAUUGUCAGCAACGCCUCGAAAAUGGUAUAACGAUAGACGAGUCGAUCAAAUCCAAAUUCCUUCCAAUUUUGAAUCAUGCAUUGUUGGAGCCAGAAAAACUUCCGUCAUUCAGAGAAUUUGUUCCAACCUUGAGAGGUCUGAGAACUCAAUGUCUACAACUAUUCCAGAUUUUCCGGGAACAAGGGAAAGUGUCAUCCAGUAAGAUUCCGACGCUGCCUGUUUUGGUCCAGGGUGACGAAGAUGCUGGACCAGACGCUUUUGGAAUUGAGCUUGCGGUCUCUACCAUUAAUGAAGUGUACAACAGGCUGCUGAAGUCUCUAACACCGGUCUACAAAAUGGCUGCCUUACAAUCGCUUGAAGAUACGAAACACAGAAUAAGCAUGGCCAUCAAGGAUGCCACUGCUUCCAAAACCAAUAGAAUUACCGGGAUACUCGCAUCUUAUUCGGCAGCUACUUUGAAACUUGCAGGUCUUCCAAAGAAACUUACACCGGUGAUCAGAUCUCUAAUGGAGAGCAUCAAAGCUGAGGAAUCUUCUUUGUUGCAGCUCCGGGCUGCGUCUACGGUUUCGUCGCUGAUAGUGGAACUCAAUAAGGUGGGAAAAACCAACGCCUCGGAUAAAAUGGUCAAAAACCUAUGUGGCUUCUUAUGCGUUGACACUUCUGAGGUCCCAGAAUUUGUUCCAAACAAAAGCUUCACUGACAUAGUUCUUUCUUUAAGGAAGGAUGAUUCGACAUCCGAUCCUGCAGAACUUGCUGCGGCCGAGAGAGAAAUCGUUCUUGCCAAGAUCAAGCGACGUGGCGCCAAGACCACUCUCGAGUUUUUGAUCGAAACCUACGGAAAUGAGGUCUUUGAAAAGCUGGCAAUUUUGAAGCAUAUUGUUUUCGAUCCUAUGUCUAUCUUGUCCAAGACUGAUGUUGAAGACAUAGCUGGUCAAGAGGCUGUGGAUUCACUAGAGAUUUUGCGCGCACUAUUCCAAAAGAUGGACACCUCUUUGCAAAUGUUGGUGAUUGAAAAGCUACCUAAUAUUCUGGAUGGUCUGAAAUCGAAGUACUCUGUUUUCAGAUACUCUGCAGCAAAGUGUUUUGCGACGAUUUGUGCUGCCGUUCCUUCGAAAGCAUUCCAAUUCUUUGUCGAGAAUGUCCUACCUUUAUUGAACAACGCGCUUGACUUGAAAGACAGACAGGGUGCGAUCGAAUGUAUUUACAGACUGUCGAUCGUUAUGGGUCCAGGAAUCUUGCCAUAUGUCGUUUUCCUGCUCGUUCCUGUUCUGGGACGUAUGAGUGAUUCGAACCAUGACGUGAGACUUUUGGCCACAACCACUUUCGCAUCCAUCAUCAAGCUCAUUCCGUUAGAAGCAGGAAUUCCAGACCCUCCUGAUAUGCCCGAAGAACUUCUAGGAGGUAGAGACAGGGAAAGACAGUUUAUCCAACAAAUGAUGGAUCCAACUAAGAUACAGCCAUUCGAGCUUCCUGUCGCAAUCAAGGCCACCUUGAGAAAAUAUCAGCAAGAAGGAGUCAACUGGUUGGCAUUUUUAAAUAAGUACCACCUGCAUGGUAUUCUUUGUGAUGAUAUGGGUUUGGGUAAAACUCUCCAGACAAUCUGCAUUGUCUCAAGUGAUCACCACAUGCGUGCGGAAGAGCAUGAGAAGUCACAGUCCAUAGAAUCUCGGAAGCUUGCAAGUUUGAUUGUUUGUCCACCGUCCUUGACAGGACAUUGGGAGCAAGAAUUUGAUCAGUACGCUCCGUUCUUGAAGGUGGUUGUUUACGCUGGCUCUCCAUCAUUCCGUGCUUCUAUCCGUCCUCAACUGACCCAAGCUGACGUGGUUGUGACGUCUUAUGAUGUUGUGCGUAACGAUGUUGACUUUGUUAGCUCGAUUGAUUACAACUACUGUGUCCUUGAUGAAGGUCACAUUAUCAAGAACGCAAACACUAAGCUCACGCAAUCUGUGAAACGGAUUCAUGCGGAACAUCGUCUAAUCUUGUCGGGUACGCCAAUUCAAAAUAAUGUUCUUGAACUUUGGUCUCUGUUUGAUUUCUUGAUGCCCGGUUUCCUGGGUACCGAGAAAAUGUUCCAAGAACGGUUCUCGAAACCAAUUGCGCUUUCGCGUAGCAACAAAGGACCAAAAGAACAAGAGGCUGGUGCCUUAGCUCUCGAAGCUUUGCAUAAACAGGUUCUUCCUUUCAUGCUUCGUCGACUAAAAGAAGAUGUUUUGUCGGAUCUUCCGCCAAAGAUCAUUCAAGAUUACUAUUGCGAGUUGUCGAACUUGCAAAAGCAGUUGUACAAAGACUUUAUCAAAAAACAGAAGACAAGCGUGGAAAAGGAUCUGACUACAUCUACAGAUGAUGGUCAAAGCAAACAGCAUAUUUUUCAAGCACUGCAGUACAUGCGGAAGUUGUGCAACCAUGCGGCGUUAGUGGUGACACCGAAACAUCCCCAAUACAGUGAAGUCAUGAAAUAUCUCAAGAACUCGAACAUGGACAUCAGAGAUAUUGAGCACUCACCAAAGUUGAUGUCGCUACGCAAUCUGCUGCUAGAGUGUGGAAUCGGCAACGAUGGCGGUCAAAAGGGAAUGAUCUCCUCUGAGAAUGUCAUCUCCCAGCAUCGAGCACUGAUCUUCUGCCAGAUGAAAGACAUGCUGGAUAUGGUGGAGAACGAUCUUUUGAAGAACCAUAUGCCGAGCGUCACCUACUUGCGGCUUGAUGGGUCCACAGAGCCUCGAAAGCGUCAGGAUGUUGUUCGGAAAUUCAACAACGACCCGUCGAUCGACGUUUUGUUGUUGACGACCAAAGUUGGAGGACUCGGACUAAAUCUGACAGGAGCAGAUACAGUGAUUUUCGUCGAACACGACUGGAAUCCUAUGAACGAUUUGCAGGCGAUGGACCGUGCGCACCGUCUGGGACAGAAGAAGGUCGUGAACGUCUACCGAUUAAUUACCAAGGACACUCUUGAAGAGAAGAUCAUGGGACUUCAGAAGUUCAAGAUGAAUAUCGCGUCGACUAUCAUCAACCAGCAGAAUUCUGGUCUUGCUUCGAUGGAUACAGAGCAGCUACUGGAUUUGUUUGAUUCGGGACAUGAAGUUACGAAAGAGCAAGAAAAGGAGAAAGGAGGAGCGGCUGUCAGCGGAUCGAACAAGCUAGAGGAACUAGACGUUCCAAACGAGGCCGGACUCACCGGAAAAGCUGGCAGUGCAGUGAACGAGCUUGCCGAGCUGUGGGACGAGAAGCAGUACGAGGAGGAGUACAAUCUUGAUUCGUUCAUCAAGACGUUGAAAUAA